GUUUUUCAUCCUGGGUCGUUGUUUGUCUGUCCUCGGGCCUAGUGAGGGCCCCGAGAGGCCGACAUUGGCGAAAAGGACGCCCAUCCUUGUCGAUUCACGACGCGAGCAUGUCUGGGUGUAGAUCCCUCUUCCCCUUCGCCCCCGCGCCCGCCUCUCGCGCAGCCACCGGCCGGCUCAGCCGUGCGCCCCGUCCGCGGAGCGGGCGGCACCCUCGAGGCUAGACUGGCGCUCGCCCCUGCAGCCACAGCGCCCCGCCUCCGGGGCUUUCCGGAGCCAUGCUCCCGCAUUUUGUCAACGUGGUGCUCUGGGCGAUCGUCUCCGUCGCCCUGCCGGCUGUCCAGACGUUCCACGCGCUGCAGGAGAAGACGGACGGACCUGACGCACCACAGAAGACAUGGUUGUUCUACUGGGUCGCGUACGUGGCAAUGUCGUGGGUGUUCUUCUACUUUGACUGGGCCUUUAGAAUCCCUUUCUUCGUCCUGUCGUGGUUCAUGGACGUUUAUUUCGAGGUGCAGAUUCUGCUGGUGCUGUUCCUGGUGUUGCCCAAGACUCAGGGCAUCAGAAUCGUUCAGGCGUGGGUGAAGGAGAACGGGGUCGAGGCAGCCAAGACGGUGAUGGAUCAGACUCAGGGGUUCGCGCUGGAGGGCUACCGGUUGGCCACUGGUGUCCUGUCUGGAAUCGACAAAAGGUUGGAGUGAGGCUUGCGAGGACUCCCGUCCGCUUGGCGCGGACCGUGCAGAUCACAGCUUAAAGCUUCGCCUCUCCGCGCCUGGGACUCAAGUCGGCUUGUAGCGCCGCUGUCCGCAUGUGGGGCGUUCCAAAAAGGAGCAGAAGCGGAUGCGCAGCGGACAUGGGGACAGUGGGGCUGUCCCAGGGAGACCUCUCUCUGGCAGUGGAGAGAGUCCGCGGCCGCGCCUUCCGCCCGACCCGGCGAUGCUGUCCGGCUGUCGGAGGCGACCCUGGGGGCUUAGGCUUGAGAGCCUGGGAGCGGCCCCGCGCAUCAGCUGCGAGGGGGCCUCAUCCGAGUGCGGCCGCCAUC